AUGGCUUACAAAAUCGAAGCCAGUCAGCUGAAAAUAGCUGAAAAACUUGUGAUUCUAAAUAAUAGAGCCACUGGAAUGAUGACACGAAUCUAUAAUAUAAAAAAAUCUAGUGGUGAUUCGAAAGUGAAGCCAUAUUUCUUGAAUGAUAAAAAGAUGGAAGGAGCUAUCAAGCAUAUUGUCAGGAAGUUUCCUGUUGUUGAUUGCAGAUCCAAUACAUCGACGUUUGAGCAUGUACAAAAUAUGUCCGGCGAGAUUACGAAAUCUUUAUCGCUUUAUUAUUACACAUUUGCGGAUCUUCUCGAUUUGAAAGAUCAUAUUAUGCAAGUUUUAACAACGAUGGAAUCUUGUCAGUGCCAAUUAGACAUUACUCUGAACUACGAUCUGACCACGGGUUACCUCAAUCUCGUCGUCAAUCUGAUCACAAUGAUGAUUCUUUUAUCAAGAAUAGAGGAUAGGAAGGCUGUUCUCGGCCUUUUUAACGCAGCUUAUGAUCUUCAGCACGGACAAAGUGAAGCAUCAUUUCCAAGAUUAGGACAAAUGAUUUUGGAUUACGAAAACCCAUUGAAAAAACUGAACGAAGAUCUCGGACCACUGAACCGAUUAAUUUUCUCCGCACUCUCUUCUGUAAAUCUCACUUAUCAGCGCCGAAACAAAACAGCGGAAUUUUGGAGAACGUCAAAUGUUUUCUCGUUAACUGCAGCACCCGGACAAAUUCUUUAUGCAGCUCAAACAGAAACGAUCGCGUGUGAAUACCUUUCUCUUGAUGUCAUUGAUCGAUGGGUUAUAUUUUGUGCGACAGUGUGCCACUCAACACUUCUCAACGAUGCUCAUAUCUUUCAAAUGUGGAAAUUAGCUCUUCAGAUGAACUUCUGCAUUCGACUUUUCCGUGACGAAACAUUUAUUGCUCAUCAAGAAAUACAGACAUUCUUAGAAUCGUCAAAAGAAAAAAGUAAACGAUUACAAGAUCUCAAAGAAGCUUUUCAUCUAGCUUCUGUUUCUGCAGUAGCUGUGCAUGCAGAUCGUCGUCGCUUUCUGAGAAGUUCACUCCGAGAACUUUCUUUACUUUUACGUGAUCAACCUGGAUUGCUUGGCCCGAAAAUUCUGUAUGUAUGGAUGGCACUCACUGCAGGAAGAGAUGAAGUCAUUUGGCUGCUGAGACAUCAAGUCGAAAUGCCAUCCAUUGUGAAAAAAGGGAACAAAAUUGCUGAUGAACUCGUGGAUCGACAGCUCCCAGAACUGUUAUUUUAUAUGCUGGAACUCAGAGAUCUUGUUGUGAAAUAUACGGGAGUCAUCCAACGAUAUUAUUUACAAUAUGUCUCGAGUUACGACUCAAUCGUCGUUAGUGAAGAAAUUAACCAUGCAAUGGGACUCUCCAAUGACGAAGCUAUGCUUCUCACCGAAUUCGCCAACUCAAUUGGAAACAUCAACUCAGAUUCCGAUUUUCGAUCACUCCGUUUAGAUUGGUUUAGAUUUCAAGCAUGGGUUUCGGUGGCUCGGAGCAAUUUCCAGCUUGCAAAACAUAAAAAGCUUGCUACUUUCAUGAAUACGUCAGUAUUUCACUUGAAAAUGAUCGAUCUUCAAGAUGAAAUGCUUCGCGAGACCAGUGAUCUUUCAAUCUAUUGUUUCUAUCCUAAACUAGCAGAACGACAUUGGUCCAACUGCCUUCAACUACCUGCUCAAGCUCGUUACGUUCUCAGCUUUGCCCGUCUAGCUGGCCAUUUCACCAGUGCUCUUCAUGAUAUGUGUCCUGAGGAAAAGACAUUCAUUACCGAAAAAGCACUAGCUCAAUGUAAUUCGGUGAUUGAAGAAACUUGCAGACAAGUUUCAUUUGUACUAGACAAAGUGGCGGAGCAUGAAUUCGGAUUGGCUUAUCAGAUGACACCGAGCGCUGUGGCUGUCAGGGUUGUAGCCCAAGUUGUGCAACAAAAAGGAUCAGGAAAAGCUGCGGCCGCAGCCGCUGCUGCUGCCAAAGAUUAUUUCAUUGCUGGAGAAGAAAGUUAUCGGGUCGAUCGACAAGCUCUCACAAUGCCUGACAAAUUACAAACAACACUCUUAGAACUGUGCUCUGCACUUGGAGUUCAUCGUCAGAUUCAUGUAGCAGAUCAUACAUUUGCUCCCCGAACUUAUCUUUCACAGAGUCUCGAGUCGAAGUUCGUCGAUCUGUUGCACACGAUGAUGUGGGAAGGUCAAGCUCAUGCGAGUAAUCCUAGAAGACCCAGUGAAAUGCUGCUCGCUCUUCAAGCAUAUAUGACCGUUUUACAAAACUUGGACACUGCUAUUUCUGUUGAUAUCAGCAACACGAUGCAGACGAUUCUAUUGCAGCAGACUCAAUCAGUUGAUGCUAAAAAUAAGGACACAAUAACAGCUCUUUAUACAAAAUGGUAUUUGGAAGUUCUUCUUCGUCGCGCUUCUUCUGGUCAUAUGGUUUGGAGUGAACAUCUGCGAACCAUGCUAGCUGCUGGCCAAGAUCAACUUUCAUUUAUGCCUGAUCAUUAUUCUGAUCCACAAGAACUGAGAGCUCUUGUUCAAAUAAUCGGUCCGUAUGGUAUAAAGUUCAUGACAGAACGGCUUAUCUGGCACGUGGCUAGUCAGAUAAACGAGAUGAGUAAAAUUGUUGGAAGUUACAAAGAUGCUCUUCAAGUAGCAAGAUCUAAUUUUGACAAUGCUGAGAAGAUGAAAGAAGUUUUAAAUUUGCUAAGUGCCGAACCAAAAGAUAAGAAGGUUACGAAUGCUACGUGUGCUGCUGAUGCCAUACUUCAAAGAACCAUAAUUAUCGGACAAAUCUGUGCCUUCCGUGACGCGCUUCAUGACGCUCUCCGAGAUGUUGUAGACUCCAAAUUGCCAUUUUUACAAUCUUCCUUCGAUAUGCUUUACAACAAUUUGGACUACGUGGCCAAAGUCAAAAUUGGAGAAAUGUCAGCAGCAAUGGGAGUCAAAGGUCCGGUGGACAUGUCCCUAGUAAAUGCUAUUCGAGCCCAAAAUCAGAAUAUUCAUCCGCAAGAACAUUAUGUUAACAGUUGUCUGUUGAUGGUAGCAGUAGCGGUUUGUAUUCCUCGGAUCGGUAUGUCUGAUCUAUCUUCCUACAAACCAAGCAUUCAAGCUAGUUUAAACAACAGUCAUUGCGUCCCGACAGCUAUCAACACAAUAGGAUCUGCAUUGUUCCAUUUGCACGAACAAAAUGAUAUUUCGAUGAGAAUGAAAGAGUUUUUGGCGCUUGCAUCCUCUGGUAUCCUCCGAACUAUUCACGAGCGAGACAGUAAUCGUGUAGUUCCCGAUGACGUUCUUCGCUCUCAUACUACUUUAUACAUAAUUCUCGAACAGAUGGUCCGUAAAAACGAAUGGAUUUCCAUGAAUGUUCUCGAAACAUGUUUCCCCUACAACCUUGUUCGUACUGCAUAUCAACAAUGCUACGAAGCUGAUGCCCAAUAA